AUGUUUGCCCAAUUAAGUCAAAAAACAAUAGAAUUAUUAGAAGAAAAAGCUUCAAAUUAUCCUUUUGAAGAAAUUGAUGGAAAUUUAAAUAAAGAUAAUUCUGAGAAGAAGAAUAUGAAGAAUUUUGCUAGUGAAGAAUUUUUAAAUUCUUUAAUUUCUGUCGGGCAAUUUGAACUUGAUGUUGGUUUAAAUAAUGAUUUAUUACAAAAUGAAAGUUGGGAUGAUUAUUUAAUUCAAUUACAACGUUGCAGUUUAAAAUUAAAAAAUUUAAAAGAAAAAAGAGAAAAAUGUGAACAGAUACUUAAAGAAUUGGGAGAAAAAUAUAAUUCUGUAACUGACAAAACUUCAUCUUUACACGAUGCUUGUGAUAGAAUGAUGUCAGAACAAACACAACUAGCUACUGCAAAUGAAUCGAUUAGUGCCAGUCUUCAUUAUUAUCAACAAUAUGAUUGGCUACUUAAAAAAUUAGCUACCCCAAAAUUAUCAUUAACCGGCACUUUAUUCACACAAAUUCUUUCAACAAUUCAUGAAUGUAUUAGUUAUUUACGUGCACAUCCAGAACAGAACGAAGCAGAGCAAUAUAUUCAUAAAUACGAACAAUGCCUUAGCCGUUCUUUAACAGCCAUAAAGGCAGGAGUAUUGGCUGAUUUAGAAUCUUGCCGGCAAGAUGUUCUUUAUAGACAAUCUAGAUUUACAACUCCUUCACAAGAUGGAAGUGGACGUCCAGGAAUUUUAUCUUGUGUGGAUAAUGAUGAUACUUUUGCUUUGUUAUAUGGAAUAUUUGGAGUAAAGGCUAAUGCUAUUAGAAAUGCAUUCCAACAAGCAUUUCAAUUUUUUGCUACAUAUCCAGAAUAUCAAACAAUCGUUUCUGAAUGUGAACAAGAAUAUUUUUCUAUUAGAAACCAAUUACUUCGACCAAUUGUGCAAGCAACUUUACAAGCUCUAUGCCUUCGACAUCAAAAUUCUUCUUGUACUCUAACUAGAGAUGGAUGUACUUUUCUUCUUCGCCUUUGUGAUGAUGAAUUGCGUUUAUACAAACAAUUUUUUGUUUUGGAUUUUGAUCAGGGAACAAAGACAGCGAUGACCCCUUCUUCACCCUCAUUAUUUUCAUUUUGGCCUCUCUAUUCAAACGAGCAACACUCUUCUGCUCAACAUUUCCAUUCUUUUAUAGAAAAUAUAUCUAGAAUAUUUUAUGAUACUUUACGCCCACUUAUAAUUCAUAAUCAACAUUUGGAAACACUUGCACAACUUUGUACUUUACUUAAAGUAGAAAUGAUAGAUGAACGUUGCGGACUUAGACAAACUCCUGAUUCAGCAGCAGUUGAUUUUACAUCAUUACAACAACAACAAACAUCAAUUUCUCGAAUUGGUUUUAUUAGAGUAAUUAAUGAAUUGGUUGCUGAUAUUGUUGAACGAAUUAACCUCGUUAUUUGCUAAAUCUGAUAUUCUCGAUUAUAAUCCAGCAUCCGGCGAUUUAGUCUAUCCUGA